CGCGUACACAACCACCACAGGUCCACGUUCGCCAUGGGAAACUUCCGAGUCCAGAUGACUGCGAUCGCCACCAUCGUUGCAAUUUUGGCAAUGACUGACCCGGCCGUCUCCAGAUCGGUCAACAUCAGUAACGCCUGGCUUUAUCCGCAAAAUGGUUUCAUGGUCUUCUAUCGUCAUUUCAGAGACAAGGUUACUUGGUUCGAGGCCGAUGCCGUAUGUCAGUUCCACCACGCUCAGUUGGCUACCAUCGAGACUAACCGUCAGUUUGAGGCAAUGCGAAGCUACUUGAAAGAGUUGGAUGUCGAUGAAAACGUUUGGAUUGGAUUGAAACGCAACAGCGACACCACUGAAUUUACAUGGACCAACUACCAACCUCUGGUCAAGAACGGAUACUUCCGGGAAGAAGUUCCUCGCUCGUCUCAACCGUUAUGUGUCGUCAGCGACCCUAUGGCUAACUUCAAAUGGCACAGCAUGCACUGCGGGGGCCCCGAUGUUGCUUCGUUUGUUUGCGAACUUCCAGUACCUACUUGGGCGUCUAAAGGAAACGGGUGCAUGACCAACUUGGACGAAUCAAUGACAAUAACAUUUUUACCGGAACUUCCCGCUGUGCAGCUGACCAGAGAAUGUAGCCCAGGUGUCUCCAAAAACGUCAACUGCAAAGGAAACAUGAAACAAGUAGAUAUUCUUGAGCAACUUAGCUGUCCUACUUCAGAGAAAAUGUUGGAUGCCAUGUACAAAGCCGAAAAGUCCGCCACGAUGGAUGAAAAUAUCUACUACCAGACAACAACUACCGACGCUGACAUCGUCGAGGACUACGCCAUUGAGAUGGCCACCAUACCGCAAUACAACGAUGAUCAGUCCAUCUCCAAGGUGAUCGGACACGGCAGUGGCGGCAUAGUGAACCUCCCACAAGAAAUGUCUUUCGUCCAGGAACCAAUCAAGGCAUCGAACCGCGGUAUCGAAAGCAACCGCAUCGAAACCUCUAUGGACCGCUCGACCGCCGCUCCUUCGACCACCGCCAAAUCUUCUGCCGGAACUACUACUACGGUCACGGCUAAGACAACCGUCAAACCUUCCACGGCUUCCACUACAGUGGCCCCCAAAACACCGUCUCCGACCGCCGCGGGUACUACUGCCACAGCAUCGACCGUUGUCAACCCUACCAAAGGCCCGGUUACCUCGACUGGCACUACCACAACCACGGCCACCACUCCCACCACCACCGGACCGACAACGACCACCGAAAAAGGUGCCACCGUUACCGUUACCACAGUCAAGCCGGUCGCUUCUACUACCCCAACUCCGACUUUGGCGGCCACCGUCGGUUCAAAAGCUACAACCACUACCGUCACAGCAGCGCCUCCCACCGCAGCAGCCGCUUCCACCGUCUCCGCAACAGCCGCUGCCGUACCGGUGCCGACCAAGAGGAACUCCGCCAUCGCCCCCGUCAUCGCCGGUACAAAGGGCAUCACCACGACAGCUCGUCCGUCCCGCGUGCCCGUCACCAUUCCAACAACCGCCGCCACAACCGGCUCGACCGCGGCCUCUUCUUCCACGCCGAAACCGAUCGCUCAAAAAAGCACCGAACAGCCCAUUCGCGUCAACAAGAAAAUCGACUUGCCACAGAUCCCCAUGGACCAGCACUACCAUCGCAAAGGGCCGAACACCGCCGGCACUACCCGCUCGGCAGUUGCCUCUUUUGCCGCUACAACUAUUACCGCCAAGUCCGUAGCCGUUACCGCCACUGCCGCCACCGUAAGUCCGACUAAAACCAUGGGCGUCGCCGUCAACACCACCACCAUCACCGCCAACACCACCCCGGCCAUGACUAUGACGCCAAAGGUUCAGCAGCAAAUCACCAUUACCACUCCGUCUACAUCGACAAUAACAGCUGCCGGCACCCCGACCACAACAACAACAACCGCCAAGUCCAGUUCCACCGUGGCCGCCAACAAUCACCACAAGACCUACUACGACGCCUACACCGAACAUCCUAAUCACAGCCGCCACAUUGUUCGUCAGGCUCAACCACACCACUCAUACCCGUACAUCUUGUACAGACUUUUGGGUUAAGUGGCCCAUCUUCUUCCAGAUGAAAAAAAAAUCCGUAUAACGCACUUAAAAAAAACUAUGCACUUCUUUAAAGAUAAUGUGUGAAUUUCGUAGGAGGCAAACCCUCGCAGUAGUAUUAUAUAAAAAUAAAUAAUAAUAGUAAUGUAGUAAUUUAGCAUCUUAGAAAUUGUAUCGUGUCGCAUCCCAAGAGGUGAUUAUGUUAUUAUAUUUGACUGAAAACAAAGUUUUACACUAAGGCGAGUUGUUUUCAAGUCGAUUUUGUUCUCCGCGUAAUGGUUGAGGUUAAUUCGUUAAUGGGUAAUUAUUUUAGCUUGCUUUCGUCAACUGUAAAUCGCCAAGCCACCGUCUACACAAUAAAAAUAUUUUAUUUUAACUCAAACAUUUUAAUCGUUGUAAAUUGGAGAAAUUAAUUGUAUUAUGACGAUCAUUAAUUAUUUUUCUCUCUCUGGGUAUACCAUUCAUUUAUUUAUUCUCAUCAGACCAAAAGUAUUAUUUAUAUAUUGGAUUUAAAAAACAAACGUUGAUAGGUAAACAUCAUUAAGCAGCGAUAAUUUCAAUACCGAAAGUGUCGAUAACACCUUAAAUCACUUGCCUUAAUUGCGCCCAUAUAAAAUGCGCCCACUACCAACGCUUUUGAUGAACCCCGAUGGUUAUGUACAACAACAGCUAUUAUAAUACUCCCUUGGAUGCGUCACUAAGUUAUUUUGUAAAAUUAGUAUCACUAUUAUGUAACAAUAUAUACGGAUUUUUAUUGCAAUGCACUUAUAUAACUUUAAAAACGAGUUUAACUCAAAUAAAAUUUAAUACAUCUCUUACAAAUUUAGCUUAUUAACUCAUACUUUAUUGAUAAUAGUAUC